AUGAUUAACCAUCUCGAGGGCAAUCUCGACCGCAUGGAGUCUCGCCUGCACAAUCUUGGGUUCCCGGUGGAUGACGAGGUGUUCGCCGCCGAUCCGUCCCCGCAGACUCUCCUCGAUGACAGUCAGGGGCCGGACGCCGCUCAGGAUUUGUUGAAUAUCUACCCGAGCCCGCAGCCAGACGCGACGGCCCCUGAUGUGAACCCGAGGAUCCUACCCCCGUUCAAGAAAAGACCCAGCCCUCCUGCAGCCGCUCCACCGUGCUUCGACGUCCCGAGGUAUCUGGGCGGAAUACUCAGUACCGGCAGUUUCUCGAUGAUAUCGCGCGAGGGGAUGGAGUGGAUUUCGCAAAAGGCGGGGAUCGAUUCGAUGCAAAGUCUGAUGGACCUCGCCUCGUCUGGGGACGGUGGUUUCGAGGCAGAUUAUCCGCUGUACGGUAUUUCUCCCAGACGAACAUUCUGUCCGCUACCGCCCCAGCAAGAUAUCAUGCGCCUUCUGCAGAAGUACGUGGAAUACUUCAAUGUGCUUUUCCCGAUCUUCAAACAGUCGGAGCUUCUGUCCCUCUUCGCCGAGGAAGGCGUGCAGAUGUGGUCUCAGAGCGCCGGUGGAUGGGCCAGCAUCAACGUGAUUCUGGCGGUGGCGUACAUGCUUCCGGGGAACGGGGCUGGCGACCAGCCAGACCAUGAGAAGAGCAGCCUGUUCUUGAAGGCCGCCCUCGAGGUCGUGAAUGAGCUCUAUCUGGGUCCGCCAGAUAUACGAGGCCUCCAGGCCCUUCUGACCAUGACCAUUCUUUUCCUAUCCGCAGCAGCAUCUCGUCCCUGUAACUUCUUGAUUUCCGUCGCGAUCCACAUAAGCGACCAGCUCGGGCUGGGCAGGGCAGACAUACCACCCAUAUUCUCCCCGGAAGAGGCACGGCACGGACAGACUAUAUUCUGGUUCGCCUACUGUCUGGACAGAGAAAUAUCCGUCCGCUUCGGCCAGCCCCCAGUACAAAGCGACGAAGCAGUCAGCGCAGCUCUACCCAUGGACGCCCCGGCAUCCGACACGUACGCGAUGCCAACAAGCGGCCAACCGGGUACCUUCAACGCCUUCCGCUCCGCUUGCGAGCUCGCACGCAUCCGCGGCCACGUCUACCAGGACCUCUACUCCGCCCCCGCUGUCAAACGGCCAUUCGACCAGAUUCUGGCCUCGGUCGGCCAACUCGACGAGCAGUUACAAGCGUGGAAGAAAAGCAUCCCGUCCGAAUACCAGCCCGACUCGCGCUCGAUCGCGCCUCCGGUCUCCGCCAUCCUCGUCCAUCUUCAUCAUACCUACUACAACUGCAUGAUCGCCAUCCACUCACUCGUCGCGGCGCGGGGAAUCAACUCCGCUCAGGACCUGAUGGACAUCAACGGCCUCUCUUUCCGGCCGGACUCGUUCUCCAACCCGCGGGUCUUGCUUUCGGCGUCGCUAAUAUCCAAAGCGGCUCGCGCGUCUAUUAAUCUUAUUAAAUACCUUCCGCGGGAUGAUAUCUCCCUGGGAAUAACCAUGUAUUACCCCACCAUCGCAUUGAAGACCCUUGCCUCCAGCAUCGUUCGCAACCCCCGAGAUACCUGCCAGAUCUACAAUAUGAGGAUCCUCGACCAGGCGGAGAGCUUUCUCUCGUCUAAUCCGUGGAAGACCGCGAGCGAGGGAAUGCAGCGUCUCGUCAAGCAAUGUGCGGAGUAUCGCUCCGUCGCUGAGCGGGCGAUGAAGGAGGCGUUUUAAUGCAUACCCUGUAUCUAAUAUAUGCAUCAUGUGGGAUGUUCAUCUUGCUUUCGACAUCACACAUAGAUGGAGAUUUCAUUCGGCGCCGUUUCGUGUACUUACUUACUUACCCUUACCCGUGCAUUUAUACCCAACUGAUAUAGACCUUUGAUAUCUACUAUCUUAUUUACGUGUUAGAGUGUGC